AAAUCAAAGGUCCCUUGGGCCCAUCAACAGGUCAACAUCAACUUUCCCUCCAAGGACGCUGCAAUGAAAACAGAAGAGCCAACCCCAAGUCUUGGGCAGACCCUGGAGUGGCUGCGAAAGGAGCUGGCUGAGAUGCAAGUUCAAGACCAGAGACUCCUGCUCACACUGAGGCAUCUUCACAGUGUCCUGCAGGAGCUGCGCACUGAAAGUGCCCCCUGGGAGGACGCCAGGUCCAGCGGAGGGACGUCCCCCCGCAGAGCUCGAGCAGGCUCGGAAAGCAGGGGCCGCCCCCCCAUCUCCUCCCAGGGGCUCGCCCAGCUCCUCCAAGGGACAGACAGCAGACGAAGCUCCCUCCCUUAA